UUGCUUAUCUUCACAUAUAUAUAAAACCUCAUUCGUUCCUUGCCUAUGAGGCCUACUAUUAGAUAGUAGUAUACUGCAAACAUUACCACUAAGAGAGAAACCAGCUAGAGUAGAGAGACCAUGAAUCUACAAAAUCUAUUUUUGUUGCUCCUCAUCUUUUUCUCUCUAUUUGAGUUGAAUUCAUCUGCCACAAAAUCCAAUAAUCCUCCUAAUAUGAAAGACUUCCUACAACAUAAAGGUGAACAUAAGGCAGAUAAGAACAGCUUACAAAAUGAAGAGGAAGUAAAUAACACGGUUAGUGAUGAUGAAAAUAAAGCAAAUAAGUAUCAUUACUAUAUGAAGAAAGGCGCGGCAGGAGGACAUGGUGGUGGUGGUGGUUCGGGUGUUGGGAGGGGUGUUGGUGGAGGCGGUUCGAAUGCAAUUCAUCAUCCACCAAACUAUAAGAAAUCGAAUGGCGCUUCCUUAGAAGUACACCCUCUUACUUCCAUCAUUCUCACCAUUUCUUCAAUGUUCGUUGUACAUUGCUUGUGGUCUACUCCUUUCUUAAUCUAGUUGGUUACAUAUUUAUGUCUUAAGUGAUGUGAAUUGUGAAAUUAUAUAGGAUAAUAUAAUUGUUUUAAUAUUUUUGUUAAACAAACAAAAAAAAAAGCGGGAUUCUUUAAAGAAUUGGUUAUGGCCACUUAUGGGUCACCAACUAGGCCAAUUGCAUAGCAA